AUAUGAAGCAUCAUAUUGGAUUUUCUGAAAAUCGCGUACUCUCUGUCUGCGAACAGGAUAUAUACACUAUUGUUGCAACGUAUCUGACUCAUCCGAGCUGGAGCUGAACAUCAAAACAUAUACACAGUCAAUUCAACAUGCAAAUAUUUACGCAGUGUAUAGGGAUUUUCAGCAUCUUCUAUCAGGCAACAUUGGGUGCGGAUCUUGCAUACAUCAAUUCAACUCUGACUCAGCACUUUUCCGAUACACGGCACCAUGUUACUAAUCCGGCUUACAAAAGUCAAGCUCUCCAAUUCAUCUACGAUGAAUUCCAGAAACAUGGACUGGAUACAAACUACCACAAUUUCACUUUUCUUGGGGUUUCCUAUACGAAUGUGAUUGGGGUGCUAAAAGGCGAAAGGUUUGGAACGUAUGAUGAUAAACUUGUCGGUGUUGGAGCGCAUUACGAUACUGUCAAAAUCACAAAAGGGGUUGACGAUAAUGGGUCAGGUGUAACGGCAAUGUUAGAGUCUCUCAGACAAAUCGCUGCGGGCAUACAAGGUGGCAAACGCCGCAAGAAUACCAUUAUCUUUAUGGCAUUCGACCAUGAGGAAUAUGACGAUCAGUAUUACGGGCUCAUCGGUAGCAGGUUUGCUAUUGACCAAUGGUUACUGCCCUGGCUAACGCGGAGCUAUGGGCAACAUUUGGAGUCACUAAAGCCAAGUGGAAUUAUCGUUCUUGAUACAGUCAUGAACUACAACUCUUCCACACUAUCACAAGUGUUUCCCACAGAGGCUGAGCAGAUUUUCCUGCAGUAUUUUCCUAAAACGGUAGCAAGUAUCGCCUCAGACCAGUUCAAGGGAGAUUUUCUAGCAACUAUCUUCAGAGAAAAUCUUGAUGGAAAUCUUGCAUCUACCUUCAACAGCGAGUGGCUUGGUGAACCCCAACCACAGUUCGAAAUAGAGAAGUUUGAGAUUGCUAUCGAUGCCGACUUAAACAUGUUUAGCGAUUUAUUGCGCAGUGAUCACGUCAACUUCUGGAAUACAUCCAUCCCAGCUAUCUUCAUCACGGACUCUGCUAAUUUUCGAGGUCAGAUGCAGCAGUGCUACCACAAUGCCUGUGACAACUUGGCCAACAUACUCACCGACAAUAACGUGCAAUUCCUUGGCAAAACUGCGGAUACCAUUGCCGCGACCCUGGACAAACUGUCCGAGGCGUACACCACCGGCACGAGUGGAGCAUCCAGUGUUGGUGACCUCAUUUCCGCGUUAUGGCUUUCGAUUGGACUGAUGCUGAUAAUUCCUUGAAUACAACAUAAUCACUGAUGAGUGACAAGAGCAAGUGCGUUUGACACAAACAAUGAGUAUACGGAAGAUACAACAAUUCUAACUUGUUUAUUUAUAAAAAUGAUCUAAGUAAUGUUUUACAGUUCGAUUAUUUCCAUCAGGUUUACGUAUUCACCAAAUAGUUAUUCAUUCAAUUUCAUUGUAUUACAUAUAGCUUUCAGUUACUCCUGUUUAAGUGUUGAUUUCAAAAUAAUAAUUGUAUACUAAAUGAUAGCUUCAUGUCAUGUAGUUAAUAAAUCUGUUGCUUGUCUUUAUUAAAUUCAUAUAUAAACAAUAAUAUAAAAGUGUCGUUUAGAUAAUUAUGUUAAUUUGUCUAUAUUCUAGUGAGUGUGCAAACGUCAACCCUUGUUUCAUUUGAUGAUAAGAAGCGAUUAUAUUAUAUUAGUAUACCAUAUCUGAUAAUAUUCUCAAGAGCUUUGUAUUUCAUUGCUUUGACUCUUAAUCUAUACCUUUUUAACACAUUGAAGAUGAUUCUUGGACUCAUAAGCCAUCCUAUUUUCUACUGUAAUGUUAUAAAUUUGCAAACACAUAAUCAAUAUACUCUAUCCCACUCUGAAAA